AUGACUGAGAAAGAAAUCGUUGAAGUGUUCGUGCGCGUGCAAGAGCCAGAAUAUUACGAUAGAAUCAUGUUGCUCGUUGGAGCAAAGUUUGCUGAGAUAGUCAAGAUUGGUGAGACUAUCGAAGACGGUUUAAAAUCAGGAAAGAUAGCCCGUGUAGCCGCAUCACCUGGGUCUUCAGGUUCGUUGAGAAAGAAAAGAGAAGAAGUUGUUGCUAUUUCAUAUGGGGGAAGGAAAACCCCCAGAAGUUCAUCAUAUUCCCAUGAUCGUUCCCAGCCUUCCCCAAAGUCCUACCAAUCUUGUUACACGCAAUCUAGUCAUCCCAAUAAUCAGAAUGCUACCUCUAUUUAUCGAAACGUACAAGCUCCCGUGUACCAAAGUCCACCCCUCAAUUACCAAAGUUCGUUUCCUAUUUACACAAAUCAUCCUCCACCCUACCAAAUUCCAUCUCCCUACCAAGGUGUUGCUCCCAACUGCGCUAACGUACAGUCGAGUUACCAAGCACCCCCUCCUGUUUAUCAAGUCCAAGCUCCACUGUACCGAAAUCCUCCUCCGAAUUACCAAGCUCCAUCGCCAAAUUACCAAACAAAUCCAUAUCCCAGAAGCCAAGCUCCCCGUCCAAAUACCAAAAAUUAUCAACAGGGGGCUCCUCCUCAACAAGACAAUUAUGACCCUCCCCGACCCAAAUUUGAGAAGAGACCUUCACGGAACUUUACUGCACUUGCUGAAAGUCGGACAAAACUGUAUGAGAGACUGGCUGCGGCUGGAUACAUCCACCCUGUGGGGCCCAAACCUGAUCUGAUUGAUCAAGAGGUAGUCUCUCUCCAACCGGGAGCACCAAAUGUCAACACAAACCCGUUGCCGAAUCAUGGAGGCAGCAAUGUCAAUAUGAUCAAGACAUAUGAAGACUGGUGUUGA